CUUCACAUUAUUUGUUGCAGGGGUCGAAGCAAGGAGGUCUUUCCUUUCCCAAAAGAAAAGGGAAGGGAAAAAAAACGGAGAGGGGGGGAGAAAGAAAGAAAGGUCUACACAGGAAAAAAGGUGGUCCCACUCCGAAAACACCGUUUCCAAGCAGGCGGUCUCAGUUCCAUACUUUUCUUCUCAUAUCGCUUCGCCUCUGAAGUGAUACAAACACGUUAACAACCUUUAUUUUUGGACUCAACAUGUUCAUGUUAGCAGAUACUAAGGGGAUGCUAUCAUUCUAGCAGGAUUAAAGUUUUAGAAAUACGGUAAAAUGGAGAGAAGAUCUGAAACUGGAGUGAAGAGGCUGGCGCUGGGAAUCUCGCCUUCUUACUCCCACCAUCGCCUGUAAGAAAAUCCAUCUUAAGAUUAACACUCAUAAAUUUUACAUCAACUGGAAUUCACACUGUUCUGGGGUGUUGAUUGAAGAGGUAACUGAGCGUGGGACUGGGCGUGUCCCUGUGUGGUGUUUGCCGGUGUGGCACUGCACCGUGCACAGAUUGGAUGUUGCCUGGGAGAUGAGGAUGUGCUGCUGGCACCAGGAAGGAAGGAUUUUGAUGUGAUGGGGUGCAGGACGAGCAAAGUCCUCCCAGAGCCACCCGCUGAUGUCCAACUUGACUUAGUCAAAAAGGUAGAGCCGCAUCAGACCGAUGUCUAUAAAAACUUCAUCAAAAGUGAAGGUGGCGGGGAGAAAACAGGCUCGCAAUCCCCUCAGGGUCAAAGCCAGGCUGCUGCGAAGGUGAGCCAGUCCCCUCCACCAGCUAACUGCCAGCCAGAACCCGCUGACCCACACCGAAAAAAAGUAGCCAAAUACAGGGCCAAAUUUGACCCUCGAGUGACUGCUAAGUAUGAUAUCAAAGCUUUGAUAGGUCGGGGCAGUUUCAGUCGGGUAGUACGAGUGGAACACAGGAGCACACGGCAGCCGUACGCCAUCAAGAUGAUCGAGACCCGCUACCGUGAGGGCAGGGAAGUAUGUGAAUCUGAACUUUGCGUCCUGCGACGGGUGCGCCACACCAACAUCAUUCAACUGAUGGAGGUGUUCGAGACAGCUGAGCGGGUCUACAUGGUGAUGGAGUUGGCUACCGGCGGAGAACUGUUCGACCGCAUCAUCGCCCGUGGCUCUUUCACAGAAAGGGAUGCCACGCGGGUGCUGCAGAUGGUUCUCGAUGGUGUGAAGUACCUCCACACAUUGGGCAUCACUCACAGGGACCUAAAGCCUGAAAACUUGCUUUACUACCAUCCUGGUGCUGAUUCCAAGAUUAUGAUCACAGACUUUGGCUUGGCCAGCACGCGGAAGAAAGGCGACGAAUGCCUGAUGAAGACUACCUGUGGAACGCCUGAGUACAUUGCUCCUGAGAUACUCGUUCGUAAGCCGUAUACUAACGCAGUAGACAUGUGGGCGCUGGGAGUCAUCUCCUACAUACUGCUCAGUGGCACCAUGCCUUUUGAGGAUGACAAUCGCAUGCGCCUGUACCGACAGAUCCUCAAAGGGAAAUACAGUUUCUCCGGGGAGCCAUGGCCAAGUGUUUCCAACCUUGCUAAGGACUUCAUCGACCGUGUCCUCACGGUAGAUCCUAAUGAGCGUCUCACUGCGGGCCAGGCACUUAAACACCCUUGGAUUGUCAGCAUGGCAGCUUCCUCCUCUAUGAAGAACCUGCAGCGGUCCAUUUCCCAGAACCUCCUGAAGAGGGCGUCAUCACGCUGCCACAGCACUAAAUCAGCCCAGUCCACUCGCUCCAGCCGCUCCACAAAGUCCAGCAAGGCACGGCGCGUUCGUGAGAAAGAGCUGCGAGAACUCAACCGCCGUUACCAGCAGCAAUGUAACGGUUGAGGGCGAUGUAAAGACUGCGUGUACCUUACUAAAAACAUUGGAGAGAGCAGAACAACAAUUGUGCCUCAACUUAGAUGUCAACUUCCUGCUCCAUCACCACAGAGCCAAUUAGCGGAAAACCUCCUUCUAAACUUUUCAUUCAUUUUCUAUACUUCUGCUGUUUUUCUCUCGUUUAUUACCUUUUAUGUGAGUGUUUUAUUUAUUUAUUGUUGGUGUAUUUUCAUGUUUAUGUUGUCUUUGGAAAUUAUCUCAUUCAGCUUUUUACCUGAUUGUAUCUGUUGAACAGAAUUUUACGUAAGUUGCUGGAAGGACUAAGAAUACACCUUCCUGAUUUUUGCUGUGAAUUAUUUGUUACGGUACCCACCCAGAAGAUUGUUCUUCUGAUGGGCGAAAUGUGCUGUUUAUUCAUUAUUGGCAACAAAUCACAUGACCUAGUUAUAGUUUAUUGUGCCUUAAUAUCACUUUGAACAUGAAGGAAAGGUAAAAAUCAGACCGUUGGUAACCACGCAUAUCACAUUUAUGAUACACACUGCUGUUUAAUUAUGAAACUCAAAAAUGAAAAUUCUAUUAUCAUAUACUCACUCUCAUGUCUUCCGGUAUGACUUCCGCGGAGCACAAAAGAAGAUAUUUUGUAGAACUGUCCAUAAAAUGAAAGUAAAUGGGGUCCAAAACAUCACUGGACCUCGCUGGCUUUCAUGGACCGAAAAACACAGAUACGUUUUUUUAAAUCUUCCUUUGUGUUCUGCAGAAAUAAAGUUAUACAGGUACGGAAUGACAUGAGGGUGAGUAAAUGAUUACAGAAUCUUUGGGUGAAUUAUCGCUUUAAUUUGGUCCAAAAUUGCCCAAUUUGUCUGUUGUUUAUCCUGAAUAAGACAUAACUGUUCAUUUUCUAGCCAUUUCUACAACCCUACUAAUAAUGACCUUAAUUGUAAUAGCAGUUAUUAAAGGGAUAGUUCACCCAAAAAAUGAAAAUUCUGUCCUCAUUUACUCACCCAAAGUUGUUCCAAACCUGUAUGAUUUUCUUUCUUCUGUUCAACACUAAAGAAGAUAUUUUGAAGAAUGUCUGUAACCAAACAGUUGAUUGGACCCCAUUGACUUCCAUAGUAUUUUUUUUCCCUACUAUGGAAGUCAAUGAGGUCCAUCAACUGUUUGGUUACCAACAUUCUUCAAAUACCUUCUUUUGUGUCCAGCAGAAGAAAGAAAUUCAUACAGGUUUGGAAGAACUUGAGGCUGAGUAAAUGAUGACAGAAUUUUCAUUUUUGUGUGAACUAUCCCUUUAAUACCUGUCGGAAAAUACACAGAAAAAAAGUGUAAUCAAAAUAGUCAGAGACUUGGCUUUAAGUCUUUAGAUUUGGUCAGUGAACAAACCUACCGUGAUUCAUGACUUCUACUGUUGUAGUAAUUAAUCAUACUAACUGAUAUUGAUCGCUCUCACAGUAUGGGCGGUCAGUAUCGGGAAGCCCCAAAUCAGAAUUGGUUACUUUGUCUGUCACCAGCUGUUGUGCCUUGAGCAAGGCACUAAACCACCAUGAAGGCCUUUUGGCAGUCUUUUCACUUUCACCCCCCCCUCUGUCAGAAACCAGCAGAGAUGUGCCAAAGAAAUUCCUGUGUGCCUGUAUUAUCGAGGAACAUUUGGUGAGAUAUGAUUUCUCAUGAAAAUAAUUAGUUAAAACUGUGAUGAAAUGAAGACUUCUCAAAAUAUGUUCUAAAAUCUGUUCUUUGUUGGGGUUUUUUAAUAUAAAAUCAUAUAUUAAAAAUGAAGGGGAAAAGGAAUCUGUGUAUUUGGGUUGUGUCCCGUUUCACAGCAAGUGCCUUGAAUUUGUUUUACAAUUGAUGUAGCGAGUGAAUAAUAUUUUGAAAAAAAUUGGUUUUGGAUACUUUAUGUUUGAAUAACUGUAUUUGACAACAGAAAUAUUCUUGUUUUUGGUUUCUUCCACAUUCUCUCACUUCUAAGCUUGUGUAAUUUUCUCAGACUUUAUAAAAAUAUAUUUUCCUCAUUUUGGUUACAUUUAUUAGCUAAAUUCAACAAUUUUUAAACCUGCAAAAUAUUUUGGGUUCUUUUGUCUAAUUUGAAAUGAAUCAAAUGAAUCAGUUAAAGUUGCUUGAUGGUUCAUAUGUGAGUGUUAAGGCUGUCAUACAUUACUUGUUAAUUUUAAUCCAGUUGUAUCCAUUAAAAUCUCAACAUCAAAAAUGACUUUGGGAAAACCACUGUUUGUAUAUGUCUUUAUACCCCAAAUAUUUUUUUUUCUCUCUCAAGAAAAAAAGCUAUUUUAUAUGUGCUUGUUAAAAUUUAUCUGAUUUACUAGCACAAAUUGAGACUAAUGAAAAUGCUCUUAAAAGUGCAAAAAUAUUUUUAAUUGAGUGUAUCACCAACAUUCAUGUAAGGAAUGUGUGUUUGUAGCUACAGUUGAAAUAAAACUGCAACUGUUGUCCAUUUGUUGAGUUCAGUCCAA